AUGUUUCUAGAAGAGGAAGAGGGUGUGCUGGUCCUACCGAGUGCCACGAAGAAGUCACAUAGUGUUCCCACGAAGAGGCUCUUGCGGCAACUCGAUGGAGAGCUGCACGGGGGCUUGAGGCCGCGGCACCUGGCAGAAGUGCUCACGAGCCUCGGCUUUGAGCCCGGCGCCGCCGAGCGAGUGGUCAGCCUGUUUCGCGAAGCGACGGGCAUCCCCGAAGACGAGCCGCAGGAGCGCCUCCAUGUAGCAUUCAUCGAGUGGUUGUGUGACAUCCACGACGAGGCAAAAGGUGGUUCCUGCGGGAGCGAGAGUCUAACGAAAGCGCCGGCGCACGAGGCGGCCGAGGCGGAGGCGGAGGACGACGAGCUGCCCUUGCCGCUGGAUCUCAACGCAGAUCUGCGGACGGGCGCCGAGCGACAGCGUCAGGUCUCUGCGGGGUCCGAGAUGACCGCCAGCGUGACCGCCAGCUUCGGUGUUGGCUCGGAGGCAGAAAGCGCUUUCUCCAUGGACAAGAGACCAGGUCAUCCAAAGCUUUACACGAGGAGACCGUCCAUGAUGAAUAGGCCAAAGCCCACCCUCAAGGGCAUCGGGCGCCGGUUGAGUGUUGAGAUCUCCGAACGCAUCUUGGAAGAACUCGACGAGUCGACUCCUUGGGCCAGCUCCUUGAAACCCGACUUCAUGACCGACCUCAAGGAAGAGGAAGAGGAGCCCGGAUCGAGGGCUAUCUUAAUCUUCGAUUGGGACGACACGCUGCUUCCAACCACGGCGUGCACUGCCGACAUGCGUGCCGAGCCCACUGACGAGCAGCGACCAGCCAUGGAGGCCCAUGCGAAGCUUGUCAGCGAUACCCUUCGCCUCGCCUCCAAAAUUGGCCGCGUGGGCAUCGUGACCCUGGCGGCGCGGCCCUGGCUCCAGGUCUCGGCAAAGAGAUACAUGCCCAGCAUCAACUGGGAGAAGUUGUUUCACGAGCUGGACAUCCCGAUCGUGUAUGCGCGAGAGGUGCUGGACAAGUAUCGAAUGAUGGCAGCAUCGCAGGAGCCGGGAGUGGACCUCUACGUCCAGUGCAAGCGGAAGGCCAUGAGCCAGGCCUUGAAGCAGCUGGCAGGCAGCUCCCGGUCCUCUGAGAUCGUUUUUGUCUCCGUGGGGGACUCCCAAGUCGAGGCUGAAGCUGCGACUGAUCUGGUCUGGUGUCGUGAUCAAGGUAUCCAGCAUCGGAUCAUCAAGUUGCAGGACGAACCCACCAUCGAGGAUCUGACGAACCAGCUGCAGGAGCUCCAGGAAGUCCUCCCCAGAGUGUGCGGAGUUGAAGGCGACACACGCUUUGAGCUAGCGAGCGCAAGGUCUGAGCUCGAGGCACUUGGCGCCGUUUAG